GAAAUGCAUUUAAUUUAUUAAUUCAAUUUUUUGUAUAGUCUAGAUAGUUGGGGAAUUGGAUAUCCUUUCUUUUGGUGUACGAUAAGCCAUGUUCUGAUAAAAAAAAUUUAAAUAUAGCAGAAAUCCCUAAAAUUCACGUUCAAUUUCACUGGGGCUCUGCGCGGACUUUUUCAAAAGGGUUGAUCGUGCAAAAAAAAUGGAUCUCGAUCUGCAACGGCAAACGAUGUUAACCGAAAUCUACAGUCAGUCGCUGUUGAUCGUUAGACUUGGACGGUAGUGUGUCCUCAUUUGUGGUUAUCAUUCUUACAGAGUUUGGUGUACGGAAAAGCAGUUUAAGAUGCUUUCAUCAAUUGGAACGUAUCUUUGGAGUAACUCGAGCUCAGUUGAAAGUCCCCUUUCCGAAGUAACAUUCACCAUCAAUGGCAUGGCUUACACAGCCAAAACUGAGAACCUUUCACUGGACACUUCGUUAAAUACGUUUAUACGAAACCAUGCACACCUGUCCGGUUCUAAGUUCAUGUGUCUUGAAGGAGGAUGCGGUGCGUGCAUCGUGAACGUAUCCGGGCUCCAUCCCGUUACGAAGGAAACUAAAUCCUGGUCCGCGAACUCGUGUCUCUUGCCCGUCUUCGCUUGCCAUGGUUUGGACGUCAAAACUGUCGAGAGUCUCGGCAACAAACGCGACGGUUACCACCCGAUACAGGAGCGUUUGGCACACAUGAACGGUAGCCAGUGUGGCUAUUGCUCACCCGGCAUGGUCAUGACCAUGUACAGCUUGAUGAAAUCGAAGCAGGGAGCUGUUUCGAUGGAGGACGUUGAGAAUGCGCUGGGUGGAAAUAUCUGUCGUUGUACCGGCUAUCGUCCGAUUCUCGAUGCGUUCAAGUCCUUGCAGUUCAUUGAGAUACUGGAUAAAACCGCCAAAAAACGACCAAACUUUAGAUACUGUGGAGAAAUUGCUCGACACUUGCGGCUGAUUGCAAAUCCUGCAGUACGAAAUGCUGGAACGAUUGCAGGAAAUCUGACCCUCAAAAUCAAUACCCACAGUUUCCAUCCGAUGUUUACAUUCUAA